AGCCGUUUCCGCCUUCUGCGGAGAAGUGGGAGACUUUGAAAAGUGUCCAGGUUGGGACUGGGCGUUGCUGCUGUCGUCGCCUUGGAGACCGGCCGCUCCGCCCUUGCUGGGAGCAUUUUCCUCAGUUGGGGUUGUGUUUCUGAUUACUCAGUAAUUGAACAUGGCAUAUAAAAGACUGAGAAGAGCAGGUUUGCCCCAGGAUCUUUGUGAAAGUCUAAGUCGACAUCAGAUCACUACUUGCAAGGACUUUUUAUGUUUGUCACUACUGGAGCUAAUGAAAGUGACCGGACAGAGCUACCAGAAUGUAAAGAAACUUAUUCAUAAAGUCAGCCAGUCCUGUGCUCCCAGAAUGCAAACUGUUUAUGAAAUGAAAAUGAAAAGAACCAUCAAUCCUUCAUCAUCAUUCUUGCCAACAACACUGGAAGGUCUGGAUAAAAUACUACAUGGUGGAAUUGCCUGUGGAUCUCUUACAGAGAUAGCUGGUCCAUCAGGUUGUGGCAAAACUCAGUUCUGCAUUAUGAUGAGCUUACUGGCCACUUUGCCCACCAGCAUGAGAGGAUUGGAUGGAGCUGUUAUAUACAUUGAUACAGAAUCUGCAUUCAGUGCUGAAAGGCUUAUUGAGAUAGCACAGCACCGUUUCCCACAUUAUUUUGCUACAGAAGAAAAGCUGAUUUCUAUGCCCAGCAGUAUUCAUCUCUAUCGGGAACUCACCUGUGACAGUGUGCUUCAAAGGAUUGAAUCUUUGGAAGAAGAAAUAAUUUCUAAGAAUGUUAAACUAGUAGUAAUUGACUCUGUUGCUUCUGUAGUCAGAAAAGAAUUUGAUACAAAACUUAAAGGCAACCUGCAAGAAAGAAGCAACUUGUUGACUAAAGAGGCAUCAAUACUGAAGUACUUGGCUGAAGAAUUUUCAAUACCAGUUAUCUUGACAAAUCAGAUUACCACGUGGCUGAGCGAUGGCCUUGCAGUACAGACAGACCUGCUGUCUCCAGCUGAUGACUUGUCCCUGUCUGAAGGCUCUUCUAGAAAUGGAGAUGAACAUUCUGGCUAUGUGACCGCAGCACUGGGGAAUACUUGGAGUCAUAGUGUGAAUACAAGAAUCAUCUUGCAGUAUCUGGAUUCCCAGACCAGAGAGCUUCUAGUUGCUAAGUCCCCCAUUGCACCAUUCACAUCUUUUCGAUAUAAGAUUGAAAAUUCCGGUUUGGUUCUCCAAGACAAACAGGCUCUGAAUAGAGAGAAAGUGACUGUGAGGCCUUGGCCAAACAUCAAGUCAGCUUGCAGCUGGAGUCUGCAGCCGUGGCUCUGUGGCAGAGCGCCUGCUUUGUGUGCAGAAGGCCCCAGGUUCAGUCCCCAGCUUCUCCAGGUAAGGCCGCUGCCAGUCAGUGGCGAUAGUUCUGGGCUUGAUGGACCAAGGAUCCAACCCACUCUAAGGUAGCCUCUUAUAUGCCACAAGCAAACACAAGGGAGGAGAUGUGGUCAAGGAUGGGGUAGCAGUCCGAUUCUCCAGUCUACAGGCAGUCUGUGUGGAAUUAGUUGCUCAAACUAAAGAACCAAAGCUGGGGAAAAUAAGAGUGAGCUAAUGAGCAGCCAUUCCCCUCUCUGAUUGCGAUAUCGAUGACAGUGCAGCAUGGGAAAGAGCAAGCCUGUCAGCUAUAAGUAGUGCAGGGAACGAAGUGAGGCCGUCCUUCCACACCUUACAGUGACCGAGUGAAAUGUUUAGAAGCCAUUUUUUAAUGGAAAACAAGCAUUAUGUUGUCUUAGCAUUGUCACGUUGAAAGGGUUCACUAGCAGUAAUUUAAAGCAUAGGUUUCUACUAUAUUUCUCAGUAUUUCUGCCAAGUUUAUAAGGCACAAAUUAAGCAAAAGGUGAAAAGUACACUUAUACUGUAACCAUUUAUUUCAACCCGACAUGCCUUGUUUCCUGAACAUAAUUCAAAGUUUUAUGGAGCAUCCCGUUUGUAAGACUAUAUGGAUGUACACCAGGGUGAGUAGUGGGGCUAUUAUUGUUAGACCGUCUUCAUAUCCCACCUUUUCUCCUCUUGCAAAGAACCCAAGGCAGCUUACAUAGUCCUCCAUCUUUCAAUUUUUCCUCAGAGUAACAGCCCUGUGAGGUGAGUUAGGCUGAAAGUGAGUUACCAGCCCAAAGUCCCCCAGUGAGUUUCAUGACUGAGUGAGGACUAGAACCCAGAUUGCCCAGAUCCUCAGUCCAGCCCUCCCACCACCACAUGAUGGUGGGUGGCUGUCCAAAACAACAGUGGCUCUUCCUGUCCAAAGAGCAUAGUCCAACAUUUUUUUGCUUUCUGCUCUGGGAUAGGAUACAUAUAAUCAUGCUUGGUGUAGCUGCAAGUGCUUAGAGUACCUGACUGCUGUGGAUCCAUGUUUUAAACUUC